AUGGUUUCACUCGACAAGAUCGAGCCGUUAGAUCUGUCAAAAGUCUUUAAAGACACACAUUCGGCAAAUCAAAAGCAAAAGAAGACAAAGAGGGAUGGAUUGGCUUGGAAAUUGUAUAAAUGGUUGUGUGUUCGUCAUCUUUUCAUCUCAUCGCUUCUUCUCAUUUGGACUUUCGGCGGAGCGUUCGGAAUUUGGAGGGUCGAGAAAGCCGCUGAAGAAAGAAAACUGAUUGUCGACUUGAGCAAUGUUGAAGCUGAGCUGGAAAACAUUACAAGCCAGUUGAUCACGAACAUUCCGGCUUUCGAAAACGUUUCCCUUUUUGAAGAUGUUUUGAAGAUUGUUUAUAUGAGAAUGGAAAAAGCGGAGAGUAUCUACGUGGGAUCAGCUUUGCACAAAGAUGAGGACAUUGAGAAUAAUGUGAUGUGGAGAUUUUGGCCAUCGACGUUCUUUGCAGCGAAUAUCUAUAUGACGGUUGGAUACGGUGCCAUUCACUGUUUCACCGGUUUCGGUCGAUUCCUCUCGAUCGUUUACGGUUUCAUCUCAAUUCCACUGUCACUUGUCGUUUUAAGAGAUCUCUCGCAAUGGAUUCUCGUCGUUCUCACGAGACUCUACGGACGAAUCGUUGUCAGAUGGAGAAAAGAUUACGGUGUUGAAACGGAUCCAAACGAGGAGUUUGCUUUCCCGAUCAAACUUACCGUGCUCAUCUGGCUUGGUAACUGGUUAUUUGUCGCUUUCUGCACAUGGUGUUACGACGCUUGGUGGGCGCUGAGAUACGAGCCGAAAGGAGCCAAGUCUCAAGAUUUCUUCGACGCUUUCUACUACUCGUGGAUCACGUUGACGUCGAUGGGGAUGAGUGACGAUAUGCCUGUUUAUUCAACGACCUCCCCAUGGCACCCAUUGUGGCACUUCAUGGCAAUGCCCGUCUACAAAAUGGGCCUUCGAAUUGUCUACAUUUCGAUGGAGAACGGAAUCAUCGGAACGCUGGCCGUUUUGGAGUACAAGUUGCAAAGAAAAAACGCAGUUCAGAUCCAAGACGUGAGCUCGAUCGAGCAAAGUGAGGCUCCAGUGUCGCCGACUCGUCCUGGUAGGCUGGCCCGCGCGAAAACGAUUAAAGAAGAGGAAUUUGAGCAGGAGGAAAGAGAUCGAAUCGCCGAGAAUGUCAACUCGUUUACCGUCGGUUCGAUCGGAUCGUUUAUCAAGUCACAGGCCGACGCUUACGCCGGAGAAUUCGGUCGUGUUCGCGUCUCUCGUGGCUCUUUUCGCGAA